AUGUGCGUUGUGAGGAGAGGGCGGUUUCAUUAUGUUUUAAAAUCCUUCUUUUUUCUUUUCUUUUUUUUCUCUUUUAUUAUUAUUAUUAUUAUUAUUAUUAUUAUUUGUGGCUAUUUCUUGAUUGAAUUUUUCCGUCUCCUCUCAUGGUGUGCAUUAGACAUGUACUUCUGUUACGUAUGUCAACAAUUUCGCAAUCAACACGCAUUAGAAGACGUCGCUACAAAUUGUGAGGUCUGCCAGUCGCCCAUCAUUGAAAUUGUGCGGGACCAGCGGCACUACAAUGAACUGCAGGCAAUUGUGGGAAGACAACAAGAGCAACAACAGGAAAAUCAGCCAGGGAAUUUUUUGGCGGAGAUACUUCAUCCGUUAUGGCCCCGACUCGCUGAGAAUCUCGGUGAGCACAUUGUGAUUCAGUUCACUAUAGACGAGGGGCCAGAGACGAGCCCCCGCCCGUGUGUCUCUGUGGAUGAUUUGAUAGGUUCUUUUGUAACACUUCCCAAUGGAUUGCAGGAGAGUGAUCGUCUUGAAUACCCAGAGGCCUUUGUUAGCUCCUCCUGCCCCAUCUGUCUUGACAGUAUUGUUGGGUCCGGUGUCCCGGUAGUGAUUUUGCCGUGUCGGCACUGUUUUCACAAGAACUGCAUUAGGGAGUGGCUACGUGAGCACCCAGAGUGCCCACUUUGCCGCGCGUUUGUUGUUCCUUCUCAGGAUACAGUAGCAUCCCAGUAG